CAGAGGACAAAUUAAGUCCGUUUUUAAUGUUUACGUGUUUAUAAAUAAAGCUUUUAUUUUGAAAAGUGCGCUCUGACCGGAAAUAUUCCAUGCAAGUGGUAACUCGUCAAACGUUGCACGUCGGGCUGCUGUUUUCACAACAAAAACCGCGGAUAAAACCCGAAUAUCAGACAAAACCGGCCCGUAAACGCAGCUGAGUGCCCGCGCGCAUCAUGUCCAGCAUUCAGCUUCUCCGCGUGCUCGUUAACGAGCGGCUGUCUGCGGCAGCUGAGGAGAUCUUCGAGGCGGUUAAAAAAACCAUCGUUAACUACGAGGAGGAGCUCCUGCUCUCUAAACGGGAGGUCCACCGGCAGCGCAGGAUGCUGCGGACAGUUUUACAACCUGAAAUAAAAAUAAACAAACACUCAGGCCAAACACAGCUGGCUCUCUCCGUCUGGGACGAGGACUUGACCUCGGACCAGCAGCAGGGACACUGUGAUCAGGAGUGGAGCUCCGGUCUGAACCAGGACGACCUGGAGACCCCCAAAACUGAGAAGAGCCAGGAGGAGGACCACUCCAGCAGCCAGGAAGACGAGGAGGAGGAUGAGGAGAAGAACACCAUCAGGUUCAUCUUCACUCCUCCGUACGUAAAGAACCAGCCUCAGUCCAGUUACCACAGCGCUGAAGGAGAAGGAGAUCCUCUGCCGAGCACUUCAGCGGAGCAGGAUCAGCCAAAGGUGGAGGACGAUGGCCCCACGUCCUCCAGCUGUUCUGCAGCCGAACACGAAGACAGUGACGAGGAGUGGCGGGGGAGCGCGGGAUCUCAGAGCGACGACGGUGACAGCGACAGCGGCCGCAAGUGGAAGGAGAGGAAGCAGCCUCGUCUGCCGACGUCCCCAAAACUGCCCCCGGCUAAAAAAGCCAAAUCCCGAAUCUGCUGUAAGGUGUGCGGGAAGGCCUUUCACGCCAACGUCUCUUUGGUGAAUCACAUGGAGGUUCACCCAAAGGACGUCUGCGGCGUGUGCGGGGACUGUUUCGAAACCGAGGAGAGCUUUGAAGUUCACCUGAAGACGCACGUGAGAGCUGAAAUCUGCAAAGUUUGCGGGAAAUGUUUCGGCGCCUCCAGCUCUCUGGAGACGCACAUGAGGAUCCACACGGGAGAGAAGCCGUUUAACUGCAGCGAAUGUGGGAAAUCUUUCAACUGUCGCCACAACAUGAUGCGACACAUCCGGAUCCACACUGGUGAAAAGCCGUAUCCUUGCACCGUCUGUGGCAAAUGCUUCAAUGACUACUCCACGUUGAAACGCCACCUGCUGGUCCACGUGCACAGGAAGAACCACGACCCGAGUAACGCAUCGGAAAAUGAAAACGGCGACGACGUCAAGACAAAGACAUCAGCGAAAAAGCAGCCGACCCGGACCAUAUGUGAAGUGUGCGGGAAAACGUUCCACUCCGUUGUCUCUUUGGUGAAUCACGCCAAAAGUCACGCCACGGACCUCUGCGGCGUGUGCGGGACGCACUUCGACUCUGAGGAAAACCUCAAACUUCACCUGAAGACUCACAAGAACGGGAAGGUCUGUGAGGUGUGCGGGAAGUGUUUCGACAGCCAGGCGAACCUGGAGAUGCACAUGAGGAUCCACACGGGGGAGAAGCCGUUUCUCUGCAGCGAGUGCGGCAAAUCCUUCAACUGCCGACACAACAUGAUGCGACACAUCCGGACCCACACGGGAGAGAAACCCUACCUGUGCAACAUCUGCGGCCGCUGUUUCAGUGACCACUCCACGCUGAAACAGCACAGCAGCACGCACACCGGAGAGAAACCGCACCGCUGUGAGGUCUGCGGUAAAGGCUUCCACCGGAAGACGUACGUCAGGCUUCACAUGAAGAGCCACACGACUGAGAAGUGACUGCUCUGUAAAUAUGCUCGGGUGUAAAUAGGCUAUAUGACGGUAUUUGUGUAAAAAAGAAAACCGUACAAGCUGAGCUGCUGGUGAUAGAAGACACUGUAGCAUGUAUGGCAUUGCCUAGGCUACAAUGCUGUGUGUCUAAUAUGCAAUUAGCCUACUAUGACAAGUCUUGCUGGGUUUAAGGAUGGCCUGUAGAGUUAUGAUUAAGCAAAACUCGGAGGAGCAGCUAAAAAAAACCUAAAAUAAUGGUUGAUCCGCCCCUCGACCAGACUUUGUUGCCUCCCAGGGCCGUGGACUCGUGCUGGCUGCGCCCCCUCUCUCUCUGCGGCAAUGUUGGCGACCCGCUUUUUUGUGUCAUAACCAUUCAUAUCUAUAGACCGGGUGUGGGGAAACACUGCUCAGCGUGCUUCUCCCGCUACAAUUUAAAACCAUAACGUAAUGCACACUGACUAACAAAAAAUAAACGACAACGGCCCAACAACGCAUGAUUCGACUCAUCGACUUUCAGGGGGCAGCCCUCUGAAUGACACAUUUAUAAAAACAUCUUAAAGAUGGGGGGACCUCUAGCUCUCCCAGUGUGCGCCCCAUGUAGGCGGAGACAUGGCAGGGGCCCGGAUUGGAGUCCAACCCGUGGCCCUUUGCUGCACGUCGUCCCCCAUCUGCCUCCCCUUCCCUGUCUUCAAGCUAUCCUUUCAGUUAAAGACCAUAAAACUCAAAAAUAUUCUUUCAAAAAAAUAAAAAUAAAAAAACAUCUUAAAAAUGCUUUGUUUUCUCCCAUUAUUUAAUCCCAGAUGCGUAAACCUCAAACAGCAUCUCCAUGUCCGUUCAAUUGAAAGAGUCUGAGAGAGUCUGUAUUCCGAUAGUUACUGAAAAUGUUUUCAGUCAAUUCCUCUUUUGGGAUUUCUUAACAACUUGUUGUAGCAUAAUACCUCAAUACCAUCAUAGGUUACUUUUUUUUGAAACUGCAGGCAAAAUAAUUUGAAAUAUGAGACGGGACAAAUUAUCACCAGACAGCAGUUUGCUGCCCUCAGGUUGGAAAAUAAAAGUUAUGCCGGUUUAAAUCUGUCUUACUGGUUUUUGGCCAUUUGGUGGCAGCAGAAUGUGCUUUAAAAACAACUAAUAAUCCCCUUAUAAAGGACGUAUGGCAAAUGGGUUAACAAUUAGCUGUUCAUUAACACAUCACUCAUUCAGAGUCGUGUUUAUGUCCAACAUUCAUUCUGCAACGUCAACCUCAGUUUAUAUACUUCAAUGACAUUUUAUUUAUAGUCUCAAACAUAAGAGUUAUCUCAAGACACUUUACCACACUCUAGAAUUUACAAAGACCCAACAAUUCUAGUAGUUCCCCCAAGUCUCUUCACAGGUUAAAAUAAUACUAGACACACAACUGUGAGACCUCACACGUACAAAUACACACAGAGAAUCCCAAACAUGAGGGUGAGAGUGUUAAUACGACCACAGGGUUGAAUGAAGGACAUUUUUAAAAAGUUCAUGCAGCAUCAGUGAUCAAAAUGAGGUAGCUGCUGUAUUUGUCAAAGUAGAAAACAGUUGGCCAUAACAGAGAAGACAAUAACAAUCUCAGCCAAUCGGAGUUUUCUGUAGCACGACUUAAACAAGUUGUGAACGUACACAUGUUCCACCAAAACAAGUUCCUUCCUGAGGCGAUUUUGCAGCGGCACCGUGGCUUUUCCCGGUGCUUAGCGCCGCCCAAGCCAAGUGUGAUUUGUUUAAAGAAAUUCCAAAUAAACCAGAGCACGUUUUUCUCCCAUCUCGGAAUGCUGUGUGGACAAGCCAGACCCUCCUGUGCAGAGCUGUGGAGGAAGGUCUGGCAAAGAGAGACUAGCAGUGGAUUAAUCUUUUGCCGCUCUAGUGAGCAUUUGUGGCAGCAGAAUGGUGUAUGUGGGAUUGAGUCAAUAUGUGUGUGUGUGUGUGUGUGUGUGUCAGCCAGGGCAGCCGUGCAGCUCAAUGAUGUGUUUUUGUGGUACAGAGAUAAAAGAGUUCAGAAUCACCUUAUGUGGUAAAUAAAGUGCUUUAAAGUUUGUUUUUGUUUUUAAAUCAGUUGUUGAAGAGAUGUAGUGCCAACUUUUCUAAUUUAUUACACUCUGCAUAUUUUUCUAUUUUCAUUAUUUCCCUCAGGUUUCCUACUGAAUAUUCUUCAUAUUCUCCUCUCAUAUGUAUUUACUGUCCGUUUGUAUUCAGGCUACUGUCUUCUGUUGUAAUUCUUUGACAUAAUUAAUUAGUUUUCAGACACUUUAUGAUAUAUGUUCUACAAUAAAUAAUGUGUGUUGCAUCAUGUUUAACGCCCUAUAUGUAGUACUGUUUACUGCAGCAACAGCGAAGUCACCUUAAAAACACUGAAUCAUGAUGCUGUGUGUAGUUUUGUGUAGUCUAAAUGCAGUGUGGUCACAACGUGUGCCUUUGACUGCUCUUCGGGAUUUAAAAAACUUUUUGUAAUCUUCUCAUUUGUGGCAUUUAUUCAUCAGAUAACUAUGCCAAGACUUUAAAAAUCCUCUUGUAAUAUGGAGAUUACCUGAUGUGGUCACCCAAAGAUGAGCUGUGAGACUGGCAUUGUAUCAACAUCCAGCUGUUUUAAUAAACCUUCACUGGAUGACUUA